AUGAUGUACAAUCCCGCCGCGUAUGUCGUGUCGUCUACCGAUCAGCGGGGCCUAGUGGUGAUCACCGCUACCAUGCUCAUGUCGUGGAUGGUGAUUGUUUGUUUGAUCCGAUUGUACAUGAGAUUGGCCCUCAAUGGGCCGCUGGGCUGGGACGAUCUGGCAGCGUUUGUGGGAGGUGCUUUCGGAAUAGCGAAUGUUGGCGUGAUCAUGAACGGUGUGUCGCAUGGUUUAGGCCAGUCCGCCGAGUCGGCUACGUUAGAGCAGUUGAUGGAUGAAGGCAAGGCUUUGCUCGGCGCAGAUAUCCUUUUCAUUGCGGGUCACUGCGGUGCAAAGCUGUCAGUGUGUCUUCUUCUCAAACGACUAGGUCGUGAACCAUCCUACCUAUUAUGGUGCAAGGCCACCCAAAUUCUUACGACACUUUGGGCAAUCGCUUCGAUUAUCGCCCUUGGUAUACUGAGCAAAUCUGGGGGUCAGCUGGGCAUUGAAAGAAUGGACCCAAGAGUGAACAAUGCUUGGAAGGGCAUUACCAUAAUCGAUGUCGUGACGGAGGCUCUCCUUGUGGCAUUAAGCGUAUACUUGGUCUGGGGCAUACGCAUGCAGUUCAAACAGAAAGUGGCGGUUAUUUUCGCUUUCGGAACUCGAGCUACACUAAUUAUCAUCUCCAUUGUCCGACAAACCUACCUAAACCGCGCAUUCUCCGGAACCGAUAUUUCACUACGACUUUCCGACGCAUUGAUCGCCACGGAGGUCCUUCUACACUUCAGCAUAAUGGCCGCAACGAUGCCGUGUCUCAAGCCGUUCGUGGUCGCCUUCAAUACAGGAUGGGGACAAGGUAUCAAAAGGAAUGGAGCAUCGUAUUACGUUGACUCAACCAAUACUGCAUCGCAUGCCCAGUCCAGGCAGCGCAGGGACGAUGAUGAAUUGAACCCGACCGUCACCGGAGCAUCUGAAGGCAGCGACAACUCUCAGCAGCUCAUCAUCCGAGAAACAAGGGAGUGGACGUUACAAACAGAGUAUAUCGAGAUGGAUACGUAUCGAAGAUAA